CUCCAUACCUACAGUGUCCUACACUACUCGUAGUAGUAGUUCAAGUUAGCAUGUCAACUUUGAACUGGUAGGUAAAAUAGAUUUCAUACAAUUAUCUGCUGCCCCCAAUUCAUACACCCCCCCUCUCCUUUCAACCUUGGCUCGAGACCACGCUGCUCGCAUUCAGAAACCUCCUGUGUCGGCCCCCACCAUCGAUAGAAAUAACAACGACAAAAAACAGCUGGCUACAACGUUCAAAAACCUGCAAGGCUGACUCCCGCGACAAUUAAAUAAAAAAGGGACCCCAUGUCAGAUGUUCGGGGGCCAGCAGUACCAUCUCAACCACGAACAAAGGCCAGGAACAAACAUCUCCAGAAAACCCCUUAAUUCUAUACACCUAUCGAAUAGAAGCGAUGCGGUUCGUCCUUGAGACCUUUCGUACUUUCUAGAAAUCCUGUUCCGGUUCCCCGCCACGAAGCCUCACACGUUCCUCUUUAUUCCUUGUCUGGUCCAUCUCGAUUUGAUCUUGCUAACAACCUUGGAAGAAGUCUAUCCCUCUUAGACUAGAUGGACGUUGCGACUGAAAGUGCGCCGCGAACCACACCUGGCCACAAGACGGACGAGAGCAUGGGCGCACGUACAAUCCCCAUCAUUACCACAUCUUCACCAACGCCAAUCAUAAAGAUGUCGGCACCUUCACCGAUGGGAGAUCCCAUGGACAUAUCUACACCAACCAACCCUUUGGCCCCGCGAAGUCUUAAUAAAAAUUCCGACGGGGACGGUAGCGAUUCGAAUGAUCGUCAGAACAUUGCGCUUUCUGGAGAACAAACCGCAAACUCUGCUUCCUCCACGAUGCCUGCGCCCGCCGCCGCCGCUGUCCAUCAGCCCAAGAUAGUGCAAACUGCAUUUAUCCAUAAACUUUACAACAUGUUGGAGGAUCCCAACAUACAGCAUCUUAUCAGCUGGUCUAACUCUGCUGAGAGCUUUGUCAUGUCACCUUCGCACGAUUUUUCCAAAGUACUUGCCCAAUAUUUCAAGCAUACCAAUAUCUCGUCUUUUGUUAGGCAGUUGAACAUGUAUGGUUUUCAUAAAGUGAGCGACGUCUUUCACACAGGUUCUCCGGAAACCGCUCUUUGGGAAUUCAAGCAUGGAAAUGGGAAUUUCAAGAGGGGGGAUUUAGUUGGAUUGCGCGAGAUUAAACGGCGGGCAUCCCGUCACGCGCUAGUCCACCGCGAGUACAGCAGCCAGAAACCGACCCCCUCGCAGCCCAGCACUCCAGCAGAACCAAUGCCGCCUAUUCACGAUGGCUCAGAUCCGAGGCUCGCCAGCAUUGAGCAUUCCUUGUAUGAAGUCACAUCAAGACUACAGCGCAGCGAGGAGAAUGCCCAUUAUAUAAACAUAAAACAACAGGCAAUGGCAGAUACCAUGAAUCGCUUACUUCAGCUGAACCAGGACUUAUCCAGAACAGUCCUCAGUCUAGUUCCGCCCGAGAAUCCUAUUCAUAGAGAUGUCCUUGCGCUACAAGGCGAGAUGCAGCGCCAUACCGAGCUUUUCCGAUCCAUCGACGAACCGCAUGAGCCAAUAUUCCCGAACAGUCGUCAGCUCUUCGCCAAUAUUGAGAACCCACCGGUGUCCCCUCGACAGUUAGCUCAGGAUGAUCAACGAAGAUUAGGUGUACAUCAAUCUCACAAAACAAAUUUUCAUAGGCCACCAGUCCCUUCUGGUCUUUCCAUAAGCUCCCGUCGAUCCUACGGGUCCAUAAGCGGGAGUACCACGCAGUCAUCGCCUUCUCCUCUUCGAUCUCAGGCAGUACCGCCUGCAGCUGGGCCUCAUCCGCUUGCGACCGUGGAGCCACCCCCAAGUGGUUUACCCAGACGGCAUACUUCGGCUGAUAUUCGUGCUCAUGGAUGGCAACCCCAACCACCACCGUACGGCUCCUCUGGUCCACCUUCGUCACACUGGCCAUCUUCGCCGAAUCGGCCACCUCAUGAGGAUCAAAGGAUUCGUGAGCCACCGCCGCAUUAUUCAUUAUCGCGGCCUGCUAGCCCACCAGCUCCCUUCUCGAACGGCAGUAUUGGGAAUGGUUUGGAGAGCUUAAACAGCUGGUCCUGGAACUCGGCAAACCGGGAAAACAAGAAUCUGUCAGUCAAAGAUAUGUCGGCGCCCCCAACCAGAAGAGGCAGCAUGGCCCACAUCCUGAAUCCUACCGACACGGCAGAGCGAGAUGACGAAGACGAUCUCAGAGGCGACGAAGACCGAAAGCGUAAGCGGUUACAAUAAUUCAUAUCACAGGUCCUUGCACAUUCUAUAUUUUGCGUCAUGGAAGCGUUGUCGCAUAUUAUACCACAUAUGGAGGGCUUUUGUUUUUGUAUAGAGCGAUUGAUGCGGCAUACACGAGUCUCCUAGGAUUCAGCAGAUGAUAUACCUUGGCCAUGUUGUACGACACUUGAUUACGCAUCUUAUGAAUUCCUCUUCUUAUUUAUUCACAAUUUAUUUCUUUUCUACUCAUCAACCCUUUUUUUUUCUUGAAUUUUUGAAAUUCUUUUCUGAAUACUUUUUUUUGUUUCUUGUUACACACAUACCAAAAAGUACUGGUCUAUUUUGAGUAUCACAGCUUGGACGGCUUGGUGGCGGUAGGGCGGCAUGGCGGAGGCCCAUUUAUCUUUCUGUUGAAUUGAGGAA